UAAAUCUGGGAAUAGAAUUUAGCAGAGAUUUACCCCGGAUUUUACUCAAUCAAGACUGUUUCUGCAGCUCAGUAUAAAUAGUAAGGCAGCUGGUAGCGGGAGGGUUUAAGGCUUUAAGCGGCUGCGGCUUUUAGGAUAGGAAUUAGGAAUUAGGAAAGGAAAGAAAUGGGAAACCCAAAACAGAAAUGGACAUCCGAUGAAGAAGAAGCUCUCCGAGCUGGCGUGGCCAAGCACGGUGCUGGCAAGUGGAAGAACAUUCAGAGAGACCCUGAAUUCAAUCAUCUCCUCCAUUCUCGUUCCAACAUUGAUCUCAAGGAUAAAUGGAGGAAUCUUAAUGUUAGUGCCAAUGGGCCAAACCCAAGGGAUAAAUCAAGAACACCAAAAGUGAAGGCCAAUCCUGAUUCUUCAGUCACUCCAGUUCUUAAUGCACAAACUCCUGCUUCUUCCAUUCCAGCUUCAGAUGAUGUAGCAGCAGAUGCUAUUGUUGAGGAUAACUCAAAAUGUUUAUUGGAUGGAAAAACUGCUUCAAAGUACAAUGCAAUGAUUUACGAAGCACUUUCAACUUUGAAAGAUCCAGAUGGACCAGACACAAGUACAAUUGUACGAUUUAUUGAGCAAAGGCACGAGGUUCCCCAAAAUUUCAGAAAGUUACUGAGUUCUAGGCUGAGGAAGCUCGUUCUGCAAGAAAAGCUUGAAAAGAUUCAGAACUGCUUUAGGAUCAAGAAAGAAUUGCUUGGAUCCCCUAAGCAAAAGGAAAGUUGGUCAAGACACAAACAAAACCAAAACCAAAAAACUUGCUAUCUUGGCAACACGGUAGAAGAAGCAGCCGUGUCAGCUGCCUAUAGGAUUGCAGAAGCAGAAAACAAAUCAUUCGUGGCAGCCGAAGCAGUCAAAGAGGCCGAGAGGGUCUCGCAAAUGGCUGAAGACAGUAUCGUGCUGCUUCAAUUGGCAAAGGAGAUCUUUGAAAAAUGCGAAAAUGGUGAAAUUGUGCUAAUGGCAUAGGACAUGGUUUUGGACUUUUGGCAAUGUGGAUCACAUUCUUAGAAGGUCAGAAAUUACUGAGCUUUGCAUCAGCAAUCUGAAGUAUAAAUCACCCUGUAAAUAGGGUAACUCUUAAUGACUCUCUAAUUUGAAUACAGGUUUCCAUGUUUAUUUGGCUGCUGUAAUGACUUGUAAGGUUUGUAAUAUAGGCUUAUAGUAAGGCAGAAUUGUAUUUUCUCUAAAUAAAUCCACAGUAUAUUCCAGUUGUUCAA